CGCGGGUCGUCCUCGCUUUUCUCCCCGGUCUCCAGUGUGGAUUUACAUACCCUGAUUUCCGUGGGAAGCGAGAGAGGAGGGUGGCGAGCCUUUCAGGAACUGAGGAAACAGCCGCAAACAGCGCAACUUCACGAAUUAACAACUUGUAGCCCCGUCGUCGGUUCUCUCGUGCCAGCUAACCGCCGUCGGGACAACGUUCACCGUACUUUUCCGCGCUUCUCUCGGCUCUCAGCGGUUCUUAUUUUUCUAGUCUGGAGGAGGGCUGGGAGCCUUUUCGGAGAAGUCGGGAAGCAGCUUGAGUUGAACCCGGUUUGAAGGGCUGUGGCCAUGGCCGGGGGUGGUGGUGGGGUUUCUUCGUUGGGGCCCGCACCGCCGAUGUGGUAUCACCGGGACCUGAGUCGAGCGGCGGCCGAGGAGCUGCUAGCCCGGGCCGGGAGAGACGGCAGCUUCCUGGUGCGGGACAGUGAGAGUGUCAACGGGGCUUACGCUUUGUGUGUACUGUUUCAGAAGCACGUCCACACAUACAGAAUCCUCCCAGAUGACGAAGGAUUUCUGGCCGUACAGACAUCUCAGGGCGUGCAGCCUAAGCGGUUUAAGACGUUACCAGAGUUGGUGUCGUUGUACCUGCAGCCCAGUCAGGGUCUGGUCACCACCCUGCUUUACCCUGUGGAAAGAGAGGAAACAGCAGUCAGUGAUGACAGGGACUAUUCAGAUGGGGAGGAUGAGAAGCCGCCCCUCCCCCCUCGCUCCACCUCCACCUCCACUCCCCCCGGACCAGACACACCCACAGACAGCACUCCAGCAGCUAAUGGCCUGAGCACCAUCUCCCAUGAGUACCUGAAGGGCAGCUAUGCUCUGGACCUAGAGGCAGUCAAACAGGGAGCCUGCUCCCUGCCUCACUUGAACAAGACACUAGUGGCCUCCUGCAAACGCCUUAAUGGGGAGGUGGAUAAGGUUCUGUCUGGAUUGGAGAUUCUGUCUAAAGUCUUUGAUCAGCAGAGUGCCUUCAUGGUCUCCAAGAUGAUCCAGCAGUCAGUGAAUCAGGGUGGAGACCAGGAGUUGGAGAACCUUGUGACCAAGCUGGCAAUUCUCAAAGACCUGCUGUCCUCCAUAGAGAAGAAGGCUCUGAAAGCUCUGCAGGACAUGAGUUUGUCCUCUCCAUGCUCCCUCCCUCCUCUCUCCAUGCGUCACAGCAAAGCAAUCCCUGUGCAGGCCUUCGAGGUAAAGCUGGAUGUUUACCUGGCAGAACUGACGAAGAUAGGAAAGAGUCAGAAGUACACUCUGUCUGUGGACGUGGAGGGAGGAAGACUGGUAGUGAUGAAGAAAGUGAAGGACAGCCAAGAGGACUGGACCACCUUCACACACGACAAAAUCCGUCAGCUGAUCAAGUCUCAGCGGGUGCAGAAUAAACUGGGCAUUGUUUUUGAGAAGGAGAAAGACAAGAGCCAGAGGAAAGACUUCAUCUUUGCUAGUGCCAAGAAGCGGGAGGCAUUUUGCCAGCUGCUGCAGCUGAUGAAGAACAAACAUUCCAACCAGGAUGAGCCGGACAUGAUUUCCAUCUUCAUAGGCACCUGGAAUAUGGGCUCAGUGCCUUCGCCUAAGUCAGUGGCCUCAUGGGUGUUGUGUCGCGGCCUCGGGAAGACUCUGGAUGAGAUGACGGUCACCAUCCCCCAUGACCUUUAUGUGUUUGGAACCCAAGAAAACUCAGUGUGUGAACGGGAGUGGGUGGAGUCACUACGUGCCAUGUUGAAGGAACAGACAGAACUGGAUUAUAAACCGAUCGCAGUGCAGACUCUUUGGAACAUUAAGAUUGCUGUGUUGGUGAAACCCGAACAUGAGAAUCGAAUCAGCCACGUGGGAAUGUCCAGUGUUAAGACGGGCAUUGCCAAUACACUGGGUAACAAAGGAGCUGUAGGUGUAUCCUUCAUGUUCAACGGGACAUCUUUCGGUUUUGUGAAUUGUCACUUGACAUCAGGGAAUGAGAAAAUUGCCAGGAGGAACCAGAACUACCUUGAUAUCCUGCGGCUGCUGUCACUAGGAGACAAACAGCUGAGUUCCUUCGACAUCUCACUGCGCUUCACACACCUCUUCUGGCUGGGAGACCUCAACUACAGGCUGGACAUGGAUAUACAGGAGAUCUUAAACUACAUUAACAGGAAAGAGUUUGAGCCACUACUGAAGGUGGACCAGCUCAACCUGGAGAGGGAGAAAAACAAGGUCUUUCUACGGUUUGCGGAGGAAGAGAUCUCAUUCCCACCCACCUACCGUUACGAACGUGGCUCAAGGGACACAUAUGUCUGGCAGAAGCAGAAGGCCACAGGGAUGAGGACUAAUGUUCCGUCCUGGUGUGACAGGAUCCUGUGGAAGUCGUACCCAGAAACACACAUUGUCUGCAACUCCUACGGCUGUACAGAUGAUAUAGUGACCAGUGAUCACUCUCCUGUCUUCGCUACGUUUGAGGUGGGGGUGACCUCCCAGUUUGUCUCCAAGAAAGGCCUGCCAAAGUCUUCAGAGCAGGCCUACAUCGAGUUUGAGAGCAUCGAGGCCAUAGUGAAGACAGCGAGCAGAACAAAGUUCUUCAUCGAAUUCUACUCCACUUGUCUGGAAGAGUUCAAGAAGAGUUAUGAGAACGACAGUCAGAGCAGUGACAACGUCAACUUCCUGCGUGUGGGCUGGUCCAACAAGCAGCUAACAACGCUCAAGCCUCUUCUCUCAGAGAUUGAGUACCUUCAGGACCAACAUCUGCUGCUGACAGUGAAAUCACUGGAUGGAUACGAGUCCUACGGAGAGUGUGUGUUGGCUCUGAAGUCGAUGAUUGGUAGCACAGCACAGCAGUUCCACACCUACCUGUCCCAUCGUGGUGAGGAGACAGGAAAUAUCAGGGGAUCCAUGAAGGUCAGAGUCCCCUCCGAAAGGAUGGGAACCAGGGAGAGACUCUACGAGUGGAUCAGUGUGGACAAGGAUGAAACAGGCGGACCUAAAGGGAAACCCAUGAUGGUGUCCAGAGUAGGACAUGAAUAUGUCAAGCCAUCUGUGGUUCGCAAACAGUUGGGAGAGCUGGGCAAGGUCAGUGAGGAGGGCGAAAGGAUCAGCAAGGAGGAAACUGCUGCAAGACCUAAGCAAGAUACAUCAGAUGGGGAUCCAUCCAUCAGCAAAAACAGCUACAAUAAUCCCGCCUACUACAUCCUGGAGGGUGUUCCCAACCAGUCGGCAGCCGCUCUCUCACCUGAGCUUCUCCCAUCUCCUAACUCCACAAACUCCCAGUCAGCUAAAGCCCCUCCGCCCUCAGCUGGAGCUCGAACCAAACCCUCCUGUGCGGCCUCAGGGCCCCCUCACCCACGCAGACACAUUGCAGGACACCCUGUCCGUGCCAUUAGCGAGGAGGGCUCCUCCGAAGAUGACGGAGGCGCUUGUGUGGCGGGGGCACAGGGUGGAGGGAUCGGAGGAACAGUUGUAAGCACACUAAAUCGACCCCCUCCUGACUUCCCCCCUCCUCCUCUUCCUAAGGGAGCCCUGGAGAUGGUUUCAGAGGCCCCCUUCCCCAAACCACGCCCUCUUUACCCUGACCUGGCUGAGGUCAGGAUCCCAGCAGCCAGUCCUAGUGUCCCGCUGGGUAUUGGGGAGGGUUUCAGGAAAGGAGGAGGAGGAGGAGGAGGAGGAGGAGGAGGAGGAGCUGGAGGAGCUGGAGGAGCUGGAGGAGCUGGAGGAGCUGGACCAGGGGCGUUGGACGACCAGUCAUGUUCUGUGCUCCAGAUGGCAAAGACACUAAGUGAGAGCGAGUUUCCUGGACAGCCUUCACGCGCUCCCUCAGCACCGCCACCUCUCAGGGGGCAGACGACGGGUUUAGGUCUGGACGCCUGCCGCACCUUCCCACCCAGAAAUCCCAUCACGGAGAGUAUCGCAGAGGACAUGCCUGAGGAGGCACUUUGGGGCAGCAGUAGUUCCUCUUUGUCUGUAGGGGAAUCUUCAGUGGGGGAGUGGCUGCAGAGACUGGGACUAGAGAGGUAUGAGCAGGGUCUUCUACACAACGGCUGGGACGACCUGGAGUUCCUCAGUGACAUCACAGAGGAGGACCUGGAGGAGGCGGGGGUGCUCGACCCCGCCCACAAACGAAUCCUGCUGGAGAGCCUCAGACAGCAGCAGCAGCAGCAACAACAGAAAUAAACUGUACCAAACUGGUCUAUGACUGGUCCACACUGGCCUGGUACUAUACCAGGUCCCAAGAGACUAAAUCCCAGCUGAACUGAACUGAGCUGGAACGUGCCAAUUGAUGCCAGACUGUGCCUUCUGAGAGAAAUUGCACUCCAUUUGUACUUUCAAAAACACUUGUUGAACCAACGUCCUUUUUCACAUGUACUGUAUGUGUUUUGUCAUUGUCGUAGAGGUGGCCUUAUUUAAUGAUAAUCAUUUCAGUCCUUCAAGCAUCACUACCUAACCCUCAACUUUAAACCUAAUGAGAAGAUGCAGGAUGAGAUAAUGUUUUUCUGGCCAGACAGAAUUGGAGAUACGACUCACAUGUGGAGCGGCUGAUGUUCGAUAUCGUAUCAUCAGUUCUGACCUGCAACUUCUAGCUAGAAUCAAAGCUUUUUUUUAACUUGAUUUCUCCUGAGAAACUUUAAUUGAGCAGUGACAGAGUUUCCUCAGAAAUGGGAAAUUUCAGACUUUCACGUUUAAAGCAAAAUGAGAAAAGGGGUUAUUGUGCAAAACCAGAGUUUUGAAAAAAAACACUGCCUGUGUUUUGUGCCCUUAGUUCAGACUUUUUUCACAACACUGUUUUUCUCAGAGUCUCAGGUUUUUUCCCCCAGUAAUGCUCACAUUUGGAAAACUGUGGGAAUUGCUAGAGGACACUCGAGUAAUGUCAACCCUCAGCUCGGGAAGAGGAACUCCCUCACUUCUGUGACGGAGGCAGACAGGAAGUGGUGACUGGAAAGAAGCUAGCACUGACGCAUGUGAGCUGAAGUCACAUUUUUUAAAUUUUGUACAUCUGUGAUGAUGUCUGGGCCACUGUUAUUUUCUCAGUGUCUCUGCAUGUAUUUAUGGUUUUAUGUUUCUUUUUUUUAUGAUAAAGGGAAUAUGGAGCAAACCAACCAAACCAGUCCUGUUAGAGGUAAAAGUGCAUAUUUCAUUUUGCUACAACAUUUAAGUGACUGUACGAGCCAUCAAAUUUUAACACCACCUGCCCCUGGUGUGUCAUUUGCACUCAGCAAUGACAUUUCAGCUUUUUUUUCUGACACUUUUAGAUUGUGGCAAGUUGGCUACAUUGUCAGAAGUUAAUUUGUUUUCAGAAACCUGAAGUUAUCCCUAAAAUUAAGUGGACAAAUGACACAUUCAGCAUAACGUUUCUUGGCACAGUCUGAUUGGUCGAAAAAAUGAAAUAGAGAAGGCAAUAAAAUCACAAGUAUAUUAGAGGCAAUCAAUGCUGCACCAAAGUGAAAUAUCACUUGAAAGAUGUCACCAGUACAUUUCUCAUGCUCACACUUUAAUUGUCUGUGAGGACAUUAAAUUUCAAUUGACAGACGAAGACAAAACUUAUUUUAGCAGGAUAUGGCCCAGGUUCGAUGGGCUUUACAUUUUAAAUUGUGUAAAUGGAGCAGUGUUCAGGGAUUUGGUUAACCUAACCAAAUGGAUUAACUCACGGUUAUUUUACUGAAGAUUUACUAAGCCAUCAUAUUAUCUUUGUCUCGGAGAAACUGUUUGUCACUAAAACAUUUUUUUCCUGUCCCAUAGUGUAGAGAUUUUUCUUAUUUUGCUGAUUUUAUUUGGUUCCUUUGUUAAAUUACUGUAGACAUGGCGUAUUGUUGGAUCAUGACAUAUGUUGUGCACAUGGAGGAAGAUGUCACCUCUCCUUAUACAGUAAGGUUUGUGCAGGACACAGAUGGCUUGAGGGCACUUUUUCCCUGAUUACCCAGCAGGUGGAGCUGCUACUCCAUAAACCCCAUCAGUAGAUGCUGACAAUUGGAAACCUGGGGAAAAUGAGACACAACUAAGUCAUGUUCAGUGAAACGAGUCGUUUUUCAUGUUCUACUUAAUGUUGUUUCCGUGUGUGUGUGUGUGUGUGUGUGUGUGUGUGUGUG